GUAUGCAAAGUGUAAAACCUGUACAGUCGUUAUGCUUUAACUGUAAGCUUAGAUUCUUUUUAAAAAUUAUUGUAGGGUGGGGAGAGAUGGGACAUCACGUAAUAGUAGGCUGGGGUAAGAUGGGGCGCGUUUUUGUUCUAGUUUUGUAUCUUAUUUGGUCGUAAACAAAGAGUAUUUACGGAAUUGCAUAACCGUAUCUCAUGGUUCCAAAAGAACGUUGUUAAUUGUUCAAAACAUGAUCGGGAAAUAUGGGAUUUUAUGUUUAACACUAUCCCGUCUUACCCCACAGAACUAUACGACUUUUCAGGUGUGAAGAGUUAAAACUUACCAUAAUUUGCAAGUGUGUGAAUAUGGAUUGAAAUUGACCGGUACAUAAUUUGUUUGUUUAGCUAUGGGCUCUCUUAUGAAAAGUUGUAUAUUCUGCAUAGCUUUUGCUCUGCCAUUAUUUGUUGAGGGAAGAUUAAGAAUAUCAAGACAUCCAAGCAGUGUAUCAUGGGAUAUUAAUAGCACUGGUACCCAACUUAGAUGUGUAGCUGAAGGUGCACAGCCUAUAUCUAUAAGAUGGCAGAAGAAUGGACGUGGUUUAUCUUCAUUAAACCAUAUUACUCAGUGGAACACAGAAAAAAACAGCCAAACUUUAUUAAGUACUUUACAAUUUCAAAGCUUAACCAGACAUGACGCGGCAAGUUAUACUUGUGUGGCAACUGAUAGGUUAAGUAGAACUGUGGUAUCGCACGCUGCAAGCGUUACCAUACUAGGGCCCCCUGUUAUUAUUCAAGGGCCUACAGAUAUCCAUUCAACUUUGCAUAAUUCAUCCAUUAAUAUCCCAUGUGUUGCUGAAGGACCUCCAGAUAUUACAUCGGUUACUUGGGACUACACCAUGUUUGCGAAUGAUGGGACACCAGUACACAGUGGUGAGUUCGAAACAAACCAACAAUACCUACCAAAACUUCCUGCGGUAAAUAUUGCAAUAAACCAUAGUGUGACGCAAUAUGAUAUUUCAUGUACUGCCAAUAAUUCCCGCGGCUCAGUUACAUCAAGCGUGGCUACAGUGUAUGUUGUAAGGGUGCCAGCCACUCCACUUAUUAUGAGCGUAAUUUUAGGAAGUUCUACAGCAGAAAUCCAAUGGAUGGUCGAUUAUUCUGACGUACAAGUUUGCAUUGUUCGAGUUAUUGAAGACAGAAAUACUUUAUUUGCAUCAACUGAAGUACCUGCUCCAUAUAAUGUGUUUACUGUUAGAAACCUGGAUGCAACACAGCAGUAUACAGCACGAGUUAAAUGUCACAACUAUAUCGGGUAUUCAGAAUGGAGUGAACCGUAUACUUUCUCACCCGCAACAAACUUAAUACCUCCACAAAAUGUUUCAGUCCAUUUUCGUCCAAAUAUAACCUAUGUAACCUGGCGUGUAUCGCCCAAUCCAGUUAAAGGACAAUUAACAGGUUAUAAAUUGGAACUUUAUGAUGUAAGAAGCUCUUCGAAAACUACGCACAAUUUAACACCUGACAAUUUAUCAGCUAUGCUGUAUGGCCUUUCAACAAAUAUGGAAUAUGGUGUUCGCAUAUGUGGCAUGGCAGGGUUGAAAAAAGGACCAUUUUCUAAUCUUCAGACAUUCCAUGUCCCAAUUUUUAUUCCCCCAAGCACCCCGGACGUAUUUCUACUUCAAAUUGGAAUAAAUUCUGCCGUAGUCAACAUAUCCUUACCUUCGCAUGGAAGUCAUGACAUUACAAGUUACACUGCAACACUUACAACCAACAGCCUGCUGAACAUUAAGACUCCUUACACAUCAAGUCGAAACAUCAUUAUGCUUUCAGGUUUGAUGCCAUACACUUCCUACAACUGUAGUGUCACUUGUAUCAGUAAAGCAGGGAAAUCAAAUCCUAGUAAAGCUUUCACUUUUCAAACACUGCCAGAAAUUCCAACAGCAAGUCCGAGCCAUGUAUCCGCUGCAGUUAUAAAUGAUACAGGUGUAAAUAUUACUUGGAACUCAGUUGAUAACAUGGUGGUCAACAAUGCUUCUAUGUAUUACAAAGUUUGUGUCUUAGGCCUCUCUCAGCAUAAGUGUAGUAACACAACACAAAGUUACAUUAUUUUAAGCUCAAUUAAACCUGGAAAAAGUUCAGCUUUUGUGUAUGCCUGUACUGUGUCUGGCUGUGGAGUUUCAAGCAGUAAUUCAUUUAUUAUUACAUCUACAACUCUGACUUCAGCUACAAGUAGUCCCAUAGCAAAUGUCAAAGAUGAUGCAACCAUUAUCAUAAUAGCUGUUGUUGUAUCACUUGCCAUAAUUGUAAUAAUUUUGGCGGCCGCGUUUCGGCAUUUUUAUAGAAAAAGGUUAACAAAACAAAGUGUGACAGCUAAUCCUAAUGUCACUUAUGGACCAGUGGCCACUGGUAAUACCCUGCGUUCAGAGAAUGCUUAUUACACAUCCAUGUCUUCAACUGGAUCUAUUUCUAUUGUACAACAGUUGGAAGAAUUGGUGCAGGAUGUUUUGAUCGAAAACAAACGACUAAAACUUGGUAAAAUAUUAGGGGAGGGUGAAUUUGGAUUUGUGUACAAAGCUACAAUAAGUGCUGAUGCUAAUAGCAACAAUAACAGCAACCAGACUGCAACAGUACAGGGUCAUGUUGCUGUGAAAUCAAUUAAAGUAACUGGGCACACUUAUACAGAAGUGGAGGGAUUCGUAAAAGAAGGUCUUCGCAUGAAAGAUUUGGACCACCCUAAUGUUAUGGCCUUGAUUGGAAUCGCUUUCACAGCGGAAGAUUUAAAUAAACCUGCGUCCCCAUUAGUUGUCUUACCAUACAUGCCAAAUGGUGAUUUACGUUCCUAUCUGUUUUCAAUGCGAACGGCGGGUUUGUCCGAGAAAUUUACGGUUCAAAAGUUGCUUUUAUUCGCAUUGGAUGUAGCAAAAGGAAUGCAGUACCUUUCUAAUAGAAAUUUCAUUCAUCGAGAUUUAGCUGCAAGAAAUUGUAUGCUGGAUGAGAAUUACAAAGUUGUUGUUUCAGAUUUCGGUCUUUCACGGACUGUAUAUUCGGAAAGUUAUUACAGACAAACACACAUCUCAAAAAUGCCAGUUAAAUGGAUGGCUUUGGAAAGCUUGGCUGAUAAUAUAUUUACCCCUUUGUCUGAUGUUUGGUCCUUUGGUGUCACUGUUUGGGAAAUACUUACAAUGGGUCAAAGCCCAUAUCCUGGCGUUGGUAACCACGAGGUAUAUCAACUUUUACGAAACGGAACUCGGCUUAAUAAACCCGAGCACUGCCCUUCCAAAGUUUGGUUCAGCGUCGUUUUCCCGUGCUGGACUGUACAGGUGAAAGAUCGGAUUACUUUUGAUAAACUUGUUGAAGUUUUGAGUGAGAUAACUUGUAAUCCAACUGAGGAUAUUGAAACUCCUAUUGUUCAAUCUGCAUCAUGUUUAUCGGGUAGCGAAUAUGAGGAGCCAGGAGGAGUGGGAGAAAAAAGGCAGGAGGAGGAGCUGGGUUAUAUAACAUGGCUGACGACAAUAUAUCAAUGAAGCCAUUAAUCCACACGAGAGCAACAUCGUGUGGUGAUGAAGUAGUUGACCUGUGAUCACUUUGUACAAAUUUAACGAAACAAAAUGUAAGAUGUUUCUCCUAUGUGGGUGAGGUCCAAUGCCAGUGACACACCAUGGGGCCGAGGAUUCUGGCUAGAAUUGGCCCAUUACCCCAACAUUGUAUAUGCACAUUCUAUAGCAGUGAGGUCCUACAGUGUAGCAAGCAAUGGGUCCUAGGAUUUAGGCCUGGAUUGGCCCAUUACCUAAAAUGUAACCUAUAGUUGAUCAUUAUUCUUUUGCCCUUAUGUUUCCGCAAAUCUAAUUGACCAAUCUAACCAUUUUAAAUAGCAAAAAUUGGUGCCUUUAGUUUUUUAGUGCCUUUUUGUAAUUUUUCAUAUGAAGCUUUUUAUAAACUAAGCAGUAAGUUAGACACCUUUAUACUACACGCAGUGUAUUUAUACUAUUUUCAAUACAUAACAUGUUUUUGUAACUUUAUAUAUUCCGUUAAUACUGUUAUACGUAUAAAUGACAUUAUAUUUUCUAAAUUAAAAUUGCAUUUACUUGUUUUAACAAAAUCUAUUGCACAUUAUUUUGCUAAUAAUAUUCAACGCGUUUCAUAUUGAAAAACAAUUUGAUUUUCACAAUUUCAAUGUAUUAUAUGCAGUAAUAUUGCAACUAAAACUUGUUUCUACUGUUUAAAGUGUUACUGCUGCCUAUGUUUAAGGAUUGUAAAACAAGAUAUUGCUAUGUAAAUAUGCAUGUGGCAGUAAAGUUGCUUUUUGUUUAUUAUUUAAUAUGCAACCUAACAGUUACUUGUUUUAAAAUUGGUGUUGCUAAUGUUUAUUAUUAUCUGCAUUAUGCUUUGAAUGUAAAGUUAAAUAAAUUCAAUCUAACUUACCAGUGUUGUUGCUUGGGGGCAGGAUAAGUUUACAAACAAACAUAUAUUAAUUACAGUAUUGUUUAUACUGUUAUACCCUGUACAAAAGAUAUUGUUUACUAAAAUUAAUAAGAUCACAAGUCCCACUGAAAAGAUAGGCACAUAUUUAUAAAGAUUAAAAUGUUUCAAUUAGGUUAGUUAUCAAAAACAACUGUGACCAAUACACUAUAUGUGUGCAGUUUUACUUGCAAAUGCAUUUCCCUCAAUAACAAAAUUCCCAUUUUAACACAACUACUAAAAAUGAAAUGGUAUAUCUAUAUAAAACUCAGGUAGAGAUAAAAUUCAAGGUGUUUAGAAUGGUUCAAAACGAAAAAAAGAGAACAGUUUUACCAAAAAAAGGCUAAAAACAGUAAAAUCACGAUAUAGUAAAAUUGGAAUUAAAAUGAAAUUUCGUUUGUGUAAACAGAAAACAAAUAUAAAAAUUCUGGCAGCAAUAGUGUAAAAAUAGAAAUAACAGUUAUUUAUUCGGACAUCCUCUCUUAGUGUGGCCAACUUCUUUGCAUAAUCCACAUGUGGGAGGUCGUUUUCGCUUUGCGGCUCGUGGCUGGUUGUGAGAAGUACUGGGGGUUGGAGCUGUAUCU